CAUCCAACGGCCAUGUCCACCUCAUCGAGACACAUAGACACGGAGACCUUGGAUCCUGCUAGAAGAGCCCUUUUCAAUACUUUCGUUGGUCUAACCUCCGAGCGACAUUUCACCAGUCUCUGGCAAACAGAUGUAGAUUUCAACAAACGCGUUCUUGCACCUCAGGCAGAACUUGGUCUACUCAAUGAACACGACGCCCUCAUGAUCGCCCAAACACUGAGUGCUACGACGAGAGCAUCGUACACAAACCUUCCCAACAGUAUUCUUAGUGGUUUAUUGGCCCACUUGUCGUGCAACAUGCUCUCCAAAUGGACGCCGGUAUCACCUCUGAGCAGAUCUCUAGUGGUAUCUCUGUCGACUGUCAGUAGUUACUGGGUACAAGAGACUGUCUUUCCCGCGUUGCUACGUAAAAACCUCGUCUUGAGGGUGGAGAACCCGGAGGGUGUCAAUCAGGCGCUUCACAACAUUAGAUAUGGAGAGGAUAUAUACGCCUCUAGUUCUUUUGUUACAUUCCCUGCAAGGCAGUCUGCGGCCUCUUCAACUGAUCUUCCUCCUCCGAAAUCCACCAACCAAAAUCAUUGGGAGGAGAUACGAAAAACUAACUCAAAUAAAACAUCUCCCUCGACUUGGGAUCAACUCCGCCAGCGGUACGAGAGCCCUGAUACGGAACCCGAUUCAAAUGCACCAGUGCAAAAGGACGACAGUCGUGCUCGAGCGCAAGCCGAAUUUGACGCAGAGAUAGACCGGGAAAGAAACAUGAAAUGA